CGAUCUCCUUUUUCUCCUCCCCUAACCAUUUCGCAGCCUUCUAUCUUUCGCUCUGAAUAGUGAAAACUCUAGGGCGCUACGCCGGCGACGAUGAAUCACUACCACAUCUACGAAGCCAUUGGCCGCGGCAAAUACUCGACUGUGUACAAAGGGAGGAAGAAGAAGAGUAUCGAGUACUUCGCUAUCAAAAGUGUCGAUAAAUCGCAGAAGAGCAAGAUGCUUCAAGAAGUUAGGGUUCUUCAUUCUCUAGAUCAUCCUAACGUCCUGAAAUUCUAUUCCUGGUAUGAAACCUCGGCUCAUUUGUGGUUAGUUUUGGAAUAUUGCGUUGGGGGAGAUCUCAUGUCCUUGUUACAGCAGGAUGGUCAGCUGCCUGAAGGUUCAAUUCAUGAUUUUGCCCAUGAUCUCAUCAGAGCUUUGCAAUUCUUACAUUCAAAGGGAAUUAUUUACUGUGAUCUGAAACCAUCAAACAUCCUACUAGACGAAAAUGGCCAUAUAAAGCUUUGUGACUUUGCAUUGGCAAGAAAACUAGGUGAUAUAUCUAAGACUCCUUCUAUGUUGCCACAAGCAAAACGUGGAACCCCCUGUUACAUGGCUCCUGAGCUUUUUGAGGACGGAGGUGUCCAUUCUUAUGCGUCUGAUUUCUGGGCCUUAGGUUGUGUUCUGUAUGAAUGCUAUACAGGAAGGCCUCCCUUUGUAGCAAGAGAAUUCACUCAGCUGGUUAAAUCCAUCCUCUCAGACCCAAUUCCACCUCUUCCAGGAAACCCAAGCCGUCCUUUUGUCAACCUAAUUAAUUCUCUCCUGGUAAAAGAUCCAGCUCAGAGGAUACAAUGGCUUGAUCUUUAUGGGCAUGCUUUCUGGAGGGUCAAAUUCACUCCACUACCUUUACCUCCUCAGCCUGCUUUUGAAUAUAUGAUAGAUUCACAUGCUAAACCAUGUCUCGUAGAACGUAAUGGUGACAGAUCUUCUGAAAGCAAGACCCCUCCUAAAUCUCGGGUAAAAGAUUCUAGGGGGGUUAUAAAACAGGAUGAAAAUUCUGUCGUGGGUUCAAGAGGCCACGAGACACCUGUGAAGGGUACACCAGUUGGCCGUAAAACUCAAACAAAGCCUUCGGGCAGAGGAGUCGAGGAGAAACAGAAAGAUCCUUCCAGUUUUAUUAAGCGAGUGAACCUCCUAAGGUUGUCGAGAAUAGCAAAAACAAACUUACAGAAGGAGAAUGAUAAGGAAAAUUACCGCAGGCCCUUGCCCAACGGAUCUGAGAAUGAUUCUGAAGUCAAAAUUGAGAACAAUGAUAUGGAACUUGACUUUAAUGAGAACACUGAAGAUGAGACAAAUGAUGAAGCAGAUGGAUCUGAUACCCCAUCCUGUGCACAUGAUGACAAAUUAUCUGGUCAGAAACAGCAGCUGGUAAAGGUGGAUGAAACCGAUGAAGGCACCCAACAAUCAGAUUGCCCUUCAGCUACUAAUUUACCUGCCUCAGAUGAAUCAAGAACAUAUGAUCUGGAAUCAUCCUCAGAUAAUGUUGAAGUGGCCGCUACUCCACCCAGUGUCAGUUCCCAACCCAGAACCCAAAGAUUUAAAGAAGGUUCAGAAUCUGAUGCUGGCAAAUCAUCUAACAAUCUGUCACAUGUUCUCUGGCAUCCAUCUGAUCUUUCAGUAAGACCUGUAAUGCCAAGCAGGAAAGCUGAUAAAGCGUCAGAGUUAAUUCCUUCACUCCCAUUUGAGGCACUUCAAGUGUCUGAUUUCAUCAAGAUGUCAAAGGAGCAGCUAGAUGCGCUCAACAAUAGGGUCAUAGCCAUAUUAAAUGGAAAUAGUGCACUCGCUGAUGGUCUCAGAGACAAGCAGGAAAAAGUGAGGAGAUUUUCUAUGGCUGCUUUAGGUGAGUUGCUGUUCUACAUCUCCACACAGAAUGAGCACAGAAGAGAUAACAAUCUUCUAGAAUCUCCAUCAAAAGACAGCAGGUUUACAAAUGGUUGGCAGGUUCCAAAUUCACUGAUUUCAUUAGUGUCCUCAGUCUUACGUAAAGGAGAGGAUGAUAUUACUCAACUUUAUGCACUCAGGACUAUCGAAAACAUUUGCAGUCAAGGGGGAAACUGGGCAGUUCGCUUUACCAGUCAAGAUGUAAUUAGCAACCUCUAUUACAUUUAUAGGGCUUCAGGGAAGCAGGAGAGCAUGAGGCUUUGUGCAGGAUCAUGUUUGGUUCGUCUUGUUCGUUUUAAUCCUCCUAGCAUUCAGUCAGUUAUAGAUAAGCUUUCAUUCAAGGACAUAGCAUCUUCCCUUGUCAAGGGCAGUGCACGUGAGCAGCAAAUUAGCUUAAACCUUCUAAAUAUGGCCAUGCUUGGAAGCCACCUGUUCACGAAUAUUGGGCGUUACUUGUUACAGUUGAUAGAGGACAAGAAUCUGGUCCCCAGUCUAGUGGCUCUCAUUGAGCAAGGAAGUGAAGUUCUAAGGGGCAAGGCACUUGUUUUUGUGGCCCUUCUUUGUAAAAAUGGUAAAAGGUGGUUACCACAUUUCUUUUGCAGUGCACGGUUACUGUCCAUUGUGGACAGAUUGGCAAAAGAGAAGGAUAGCUAUUUGCAGCAGUGUUUAGAAUCAUUUGUGCAUGUUGUGGCUUCCACAGUGCCAGGCUUGCUGGAUAAUAUAACUGGAGAUAUUCAGCAAAUGAUAGGAGGAAAGCGCUAUGGUCAUAUCUCUGCCCUUACCAGUCGAGUUGCUCCGAAGACCAAUAUUCAUUUGUUUCCUGUUGUUCUCCAUCUUCUUGGGAGCUCAUCUUUUAAAAACAAAGUGGUGACUCAUCAAGUCUUGCAGCAGUUGGCAAACCUUAUCCAAGUUGCUGAGAUGCCAUUUCAGGGUAGGGAUGACUUCCAAAUAACUCUCCUACGAGUCCUGGAGUCUAUUGCUGAAGAAGGCCCACUAAUUCUUGAAAGCCUUGAUGUUUUCACGUGUGGAAUCCUUCGUAGUUUGACUGUUUUGUACAGGGGCAAUAAAGAUGGUGAUGCUAGAUGUCUGUGCCUGAAAAUUCUGUUUGAUGUGAUGGUCAUCUUAUUGAAUGAACCUUUUGUACAUGAGCAGAAGUUAGAGGAUUUGAAAUUGAUAUCAAAUUCUCAUUUCCUUCCUCUCUAUCCCACAUUGAUUGAUGAUGAAGAUCCUAUUCCUAUGUACGCACAAAAGCUUCUUGUGAUGCUCAUUGAGUUUGGUUACAUUAAGAUUCCAGACAUUCUAGAUCUGAAGAUGGUUUCAAGAUGUUUUGAAUUUUUGCUUGGAGAUCUGUCAAGUGCAAAUGUAAACAAUGUCAAGUUGUGUCUUGCUCUGGCAUCUGCCCCUGAAAUGGAUUCCAAGUUACUUUCUCAGUUGAAAGUAGUUAGGAAAAUUGGACACCUUUUGGAGUUUGUAUAUGCAAAAGAUAUGGAAGAUUUUCUUGAACCAACUCUUGGCUUGUGUAGAUCUUUUCUUCGACAAUCUGUAGCCAGUAGAAAAGGUUUUGUUUAUACAAAAGAGCCAGUGCUUUUAGGUGAUGGUUCUUCUGAGGCAAGCAGUGCACUUGAUCAGCAGCAGUGCAUAAGAGAUAUAACGGAUUUUGGAAUCAAUGUUGGUGUUUUGCUGGAGUUAAGUGGGUCCUCUGAAGCAAAUGUCGCAGAUGUAGCUUCUGAAUGUGUUGUGUUGUUAUUCAAAGCAGCUCCAAGGGAAGCAACAACUGGAUUUUUAACCAAUCUUCCAAAAGUUGGUGCAAUUCUUGAGUCCUGGCGUAAGAGCAUUUCUCAUUUGCUAUUGCAGCGAAUGCUGCAUGCACUUGGUUAUUCAUGCAGGCAAUAUCUUUCACAUGCCAUGAUAUUGUCGAUAUCGGUAUCGGAGAUUACACGUCUUGAAGCCAUUGUUUCUGAGCUGAAGAGCUCAAGCAUACCUGCAUUAGCCAAUGUUGCUUCCCUUGUGGGAUUGGAGUUGCAGCGGCUUCCUCGAUGCAUUUAAAGUUCUUGAGGUCAUAAUUCUAUUCUCUCUCUUUCUCUCCCCUUCUUUCUGUGUAUUUUGCUGUAGAACUGUAGUUUAUAGUAGGGUUCUUCGAUUACAGGCACUAUGAUCUAAUCAACUUUUCAAACAGCCAUGAAAGAUAUUUCUCAAUUUCUGCUAGCAAUCGACUUUUCUCUGACUCAUGAUUUCCAGGUGAGUUAAAUGGUUCUAUGCACAUUUCAAGCAUACAAUCCUUCUCUUGGCCUGUUGGCCUGUAUUGUAUAAUCUACAAAUAUUGUUUCAUCAUUUACAUGGUCAAUUGAUUACCAUUUU